AUGACCGUGGAGCCACCCCGGGAAAGGACAGAUAGCGUCGCAACCAAGGCAACCCUGACGCUAGAGGAUGGGAAGACGAUGGAUGCCGACCUCCAUAUUCCGACCACUGGCAGGAGACCUAACACCAGUUUCAUCUCCAACAUGCUCCUCACGACAGACGGCCGCGUUGAAACCAAUCUCUCGACCUUGCGAGCUGACAAAGCGGGGCCGCGGGUCGAUGCGAUCGGUGAUGUGGCAUCGUAUGGCCGGCCGGCUGUCCAUCUCAUCCCCAAUGCCAUCCCUGUCCUUUGGUGCAAACAUCAAGCGCGACUUACUGCUGGCUGUCGGAAAGGAGGAGAACUAUGUUGGAGAGGACAGGAUGUUUAA